AUGUCGUCUUCCCUAAUGUCACAACACCAACCAACUCAAAUGGCAGCACAUAUUACUACACCUUCUCCUCCAUUGGAUACUAAUCACGAGACCAAGAAUUUUACAACCACCAUUGCAUCAUCAUCCACUUCUGGCAAUAACAAUGGCAACUCUAAUCUUACUGUGAAUAUGAAGAAGAAUUCACUUCAUGGUCCUAUUUCACCUAUCCAAAAUACACCCAAUGACAUUAAUAAUGCCACUACUGCAUCAAGUUUAAAUACUACCGCAUCUAAUUCACGCAAUUCAUUUCUUUUGAAACAACCUUCAAAUGGAACAACCACCACUAGCAUAUCUAUUUCAGAUCCAAUAUAUUCUACUCAUGAACCUCAAGAUAAUACCAAUAAACUACCAGAUCACCAUCGACGCGACUCUAGUUUGUCCAUAUCACCUACCGUAUCUCCUACACAAAAACCAACAGAAGACUUUAGACAUAAUAUCUUUAGUAAAGUAACUGGAGUAUUUCUGAAUUCCAAAUCAACCUCAAGAUCAAACUCACGUCAGAAUUCCCUUCAGAAUUCGCGUCAGAACUCACGUCAGAAUUCAAUGACGUCAUUAAGAGAACAAUUGGGACAAUAUCAACAACGGAAUAAUUCAACUGAUCUUGAUAAAGUUAGUGAAAUGUUAUCUCCACGUACUCUUGGGAAUCAAUCAACUGGUGGUACAAGUGCAGCAUUCCCUUAUAGUUCACAUUUGAAUUAUGGAUCAACUAGUGGAUUCUUUCCGUAUAAAUCAUAUCAUUCAUCUCCAGUAAAGGAAACCAAUCGGGUGUUAUUGGAAUAUGAUCCUAUAAGUAGAAGAAAAGUGUUGAAUACUUAUGAAAUACUUAGAGAGAUUGGAAGAGGAGAACAUGGAAAAGUCAAAUUAGCUAAAGAUUUGAUAACUAAUGAAUUUGUUGCUAUUAAGAUUGUUAAUAGAAAAUCAAAAAAAGAUAGACCAUCACUAAGAAUACGAAAGAAUUCACUCUCAAAUAAUAAUUCUCAAUUGUAUAAUGAAUAUGAAAUGAAGAUAAAGCGAGAGAUUGCCAUUAUGAAGAAAUGUCGUCAUAAACAUAUUGUUACCCUUAAGGAAGUAUUAGAUGAUUUGAGUUCAUAUAAGAUUUAUCUAGUAUUAGAAUAUUUGGAAAAGGGUGAAAUCAAAUGGAAGAGAUUACCAAAUGAACCAAAACAAACCAUUGAACAAAUCAAUAGUCUGGAAAUUCCAUGUUGUGGAAGUCAAAAACAACAACAACAACAAUCGGCCGAUUCACAAUCAUCAUAUCGUCGAACCCAUCGCCCUUCGACACACAUCACCGAACGGGAUUUAUUAUCAAAUGAAUAUUCACCAAAUUUAACAUUCAAACAAUCAAGAAGUGUGUUUAGAGAUAUUGUUCUAGGAUUAGAAUAUUUGCAUUUACAAGGAAUUGUCCAUCGUGAUAUAAAACCCGCGAAUUUAUUGGUUUCUUCCGAGAAUAUUGUCAAGAUUAGUGAUUUUGGGGUUUCAUUUGCAUCAUCAUUAAGUGAAAAUGAAGAAGGACAUUUAGUUAAUGAAUUAGAUUUGGCCAAAACUGCCGGUACUCCGGCAUUUUUUGCACCUGAAUUAUGUCGAGAAUGUAACCCGGACAAGACUUGUAAAAUUGAUUAUAAGAUUGAUAUUUGGGCCUUAGGGGUGACUUUAUAUUGUCUUUUGUUUGGAAAAGUACCAUUUAAUGCUGAUUCUGAAUAUGAAUUGUUUAAAGUGAUUGUUAAUCAACCUUUGGAGUUCCCCGAGACUAAGGAUUCAUUUAAUUCCCCGGCAAAUGUUACUGAAGAAGAAUUUGAAUUGGCGAAGGAUUUAUUAAGUAAAUUAUUGGAUAAGAAUAGUAGAACCAGAAUUGAAAUUAAGGAUAUUAAAGAACAUCCAUUUACUUUGAUGGAUUUAGAAGAUGAUUUGGAAAAAUUGAAUGAAUUGUUCACGAUGAAUCAAGAAGAUAAUAUUAAUUUGGAUUUCGAUUUAGAAGAUCAUGAUAUCGUAUCAAAAGAAGAAAUAGACAAUGCAAUUAUUGGUAUUGGUACAAGAAUUAAACGAAGUUUAGUUAGAGCUAUUCGUGCUGGAGGUUGGAAAGAUUCUGAUGUUAGAUCAAAAUUUGCCGCUUUACAAUUAGAACAUUCCAAAAGUGGAUCCAGUGAAGAUGAUUCUACCACUUGUUCAAAUUUCAAUUCCCAAUCUAGAGUUAAUGUCUAUAAUCCUGGUUUACAUUCCCAUGUUCAUUCCAUGAUUUUAUCCGAAGGUAUGCCGAUUUCAGCCGCUACUCCACCACCACCAAACAUGCAUCCAUCUCAUCCUGCUUAUCAUCUGACAAAUUUCCCACCGUGGACCCAUUCAUCACCUUCAGGAAUAUUUAGAAAUGGAUCACAUCAUACCGAACAUCAUAACCCCCAUGUUCCAUCUGCAUUAUCACACCAAGCACCAACACCAAUCAGUACUUCCUCAGGAACAACCUCGUCGGUGUCCCAGAUGAACAGUCCUUAUUCUUAUGCAGGCAUUAGAGAAGGAGCAGGAAGCACCAAUAAUAAUGUUGGUUCACGAAGUUUUUUGCAUGAAAUGAUAGAAUCACAUAGUAAUAGUUCAAGUAGACGAGGUUCAACUAGUAUCAUAUCAGAAGCUCCUCAGAUUGAAACGAAAAGAAACGUGGGUGGGGAUUUAUAUUUGAAGAAUCAAUGUAUUGUGGAAACAUUCAAGGGAAUUCAAUUACAGGAUGAUAAACGAAGACGGUCGAGUAUAUUUUCAUUACAUUCUCAAAAUUCAAGUGUGAAUAUCAAACAUCAUGAUUCGGUUGGAUCUAAUAAUAAUGAGGAGAUACUUUCGAGGAAACCAAGUGGUGUUAGUAUGAAUAAUGCCCAUUAUUUGAAUCAUCAUCAUGUUCAUCAUGGAAGUAUUGCUGCUCCUAUCCCGGUUCCGGCAUCAUCUAUCAAGACAUCAAUUCCUAGUUCUUCUGGCACCUCUACAAAUGUUGGCAAUCCAACUACAAGUUUCUUGAAUAAUAAUGACGGUAAUACUAGUAAUAAUAAUAAUACUAAUGGACGUUAUCAAUUUGGUCAAUAUUUGAACAAUAAUGGAACUCAGAGUUCGGGCAGUAGUAGACCUUCAUUGAAAGUUGGUCCAAUUAGUAUUAGACCUGCAACUAUUCAACCAAAUAAUGAAAUUUCAGGAGAAGAAAUGGUUGAUAUUCAUAAUCAUAAUGGACGUGAUUCAGUUAUGUCCUUACCUUUGAGUGAAAGUUUUGCAAGUUUGGAUAGUAUCAAUGAUGAUUAUUUAAGUAUGAAGUAUCAAGAAUUUACCAAUCGGAAAUUGAAUAGUCAAUCUGAACAGCCACCACAACAACAACCACUGGGACAACCAACUGCUACUGCAACCACGGCUAGGAAACUUCGAAGAAAAUCAAGUCUUUCAGAAACGUUCUUGGAUCAAAUGGGGAAUAAUCAAUUACAAAAGAUUAAUCAAAAAUUCAAAGAUUUUAACCUUAGUAACCUGAUGAAGAAGAAUGAUUCAGCCAAUAGUGAACCUACUCAAGACAGCACUAAUCGUGAUCCAUUAUCUAGAUAUACCAGUCGUGAUUCCUAUUCAUCGUAUUCAACCUGUAGUAGUUCAGAUACUGACGAAGACUCAGAUGAAGAAGAACAGAAUUUAACCCUUGCUUUCACAUCCAAAGUGGCACCAUUAGCUCGUCCUAUGUUUAAUUUAAGUAAAAGGGCCAAAUCUCAUGAAAGUAAUUUACCUAGAUUAGGUGCCAAUGGUGGAGUUAUUUCAAAGAAUCCUGCUGGUACUACAAUUGUUUUCCAUGAUGGUUUGCCUGAAUUUGAAGACUUGCCUAUGGAUUUAAUGAAAGCUGCUGGUGGAGGUUCAAUUAGUCUUGGCUCUGGACAACCUAACAUUGAUCUAAAUCCUACGAUUUCGGUGAUUGCUAGUAAUGGAUCUUUAUCUACUUUGACUGGUGAGAUCCAAAAUUCAAUAGAUGAUCAAUUAGCACAAAGUGAAAACCCAGCUCCAGCAUCAACACCAAUAGAUUCACAACAGAUGGUGGCAAUGAACAAUCAAGAGAAGGUUAUCAAGAGAAAACCAAAACGGAUGGGACUUCGGGAGAAUAUUUUUAAUAAUCAAUUCAAUAAUCAUUAUAAGAAAGAUCCAAUCUAUUCCCCAUUCCCAAUUUCUAAACAUUUGGAUAAUGAUAAGGAGAGUAUAGCCAAGAAGAAUUCGGCAUUGGAUGACAGUGAUGAUGAGAUUAGACCUAAUACUUAUAGAUCAAAUUCGGUUACUGUCGCGUUGUUACAGCAUCAAAAGGUGGAUUUACAGGAAUUGAUAGAAAAUGAAGAUAAACAUGAAGAACAAGAUCCUAAAGCUAUUGAAAACAAUAAGAAUGAAUAA